AUGUUUACCUUCUGCCCGCUGCAGGGCGCUCUGUCUGAGUCGUCGGCGUCGCAGUCGAUCCUAGAACUCGAUGGAGGCGUCAAGAUUCUCAUUGAUCUUGGCUGGGACGAAUCUUUCGACGUUGAAAAGCUGCAGGAGCUUGAGAAACAGAUCCCGACGCUGUCCCUCAUUCUCCUGACCCAUGCCACGACGUCGCACUUGGCUGCGUUCGCGCACUGCUGCAAGAACUUCCCGCUAUUUACGAGAAUCCCGGUUUAUGCGACGCGACCCGUCAUUGAUCUAGGUCGUACCCUGACCCAAGACCUCUAUGCCUCGACCCCUCUCGCCGCCACAAAGAUCCCCCACGGCUCUCUUAGCGAGGCUGCCUACUCCUACUCUCAGCAGCCGACCGCCGACAAUGACUUCCUCCUGCAAGCUCCGACCCCCGAAGAGAUCACUCGAUACUUCUCCUUGAUUCAACCACUCAAGUACUCGCAACCCCACGAACCACUUCCUUCUCCCUUCUCCCCGCCUCUCAAUGGUCUCAUGAUCACGGCAUACAACGCAGGCCACAGUCUAGGAGGAACGAUAUGGCACAUCCAGCAUGGCCUGGAAUCGAUUGUCUAUGCUGUGGACUGGAAUCAGGCAAGGGAGAAUGUGUAUGCCGGAGCUGCUUGGUUGGGCGGAGCUGGAGGCGGCGGUGCUGAAGUUAUCGAGCAACUGCGAAAGCCGACUGCCCUGGUAUGCAGCAGUCGCGGCGCGGAAAAGGUGGCACAGGCGGGCGGCCGCGCGAAGCGUGACGAACAGCUCGUAGACAUGAUCAAGCUCUGUGUCAGCAGGGGAGGUACUUGUCUCAUUCCCGUGGACUCGAGUGCUCGAGUUUUGGAGAUUGCUUACCUCCUCGAGCACGCAUGGCGCGUUGACUCCGAGGCUGAGGACAGCAGCCUCAAAUCGGCCAAAUUGUACCUCGCUGGACGGAACAUGUCGAGCACAUUACGAUAUGCGCGAAGCAUGCUGGAGUGGAUGGACGACAACAUUGUCCGAGAAUUCGAGUCGGUUGCGGACGGUCAACGUAAAGCGAAUGGCGCGGAUGGCAAGAGCAAGGAGGCUGUGCCCUUUGAUUUCAGGUAUCUGAAACUAGUCGAGCGCCGGGCGCAAAUCGAGAAGCUGCUCUCUGGCGGCGGCGGCAACGUUCAGGCAGAAGGAAGGGUCAUUCUGGCUAGCGAUGACACUUUGGAAUGGGGUUUCUCGAAAGAUUUAAUACAGGGCUUGGCGAAGGAUUCAAGGAACUUGGUCAUCCUCACAGACAAGCCGCCUAAGUCUCGCGCGGAACGGCCAUCUAUUGCGAGAACGCUCUGGGACUGGUGGUCGGAACGCCGAGAUGGUGUCACGGUUGAGCAGUCCCACAGCGGCGACAGCAUUGAGCUUGUAUACGGCGGCGGUCGGGAACUCGAAAUUCAAGAGGCUAAGCGCCAGGCGCUUGAAGGAGACGAACUUACCAUCUACCAACAAUGGCUCGCAACACAACGCCAGCUCCAGGCGACUCAGCAAGGGGCCGGCGGAGCCUCAUUACAAGCAACAGCGGACGCUGCCGACGAUGUCUCAUCGGAAUCUUCCUCUGACUCGGGCGAGUCCGACAAUGAGCAACAGGGAAAGGCUCUCAACAUUUCAACGACCAUGGGUCAGGCGACGCGUAAGAAGGUGGUUCUGACGGACGAGGAUCUGGGCAUCAAUAUUCUGACGAAGAAGCGCGGCGCAUACGACUUUGACGUGAGAGGCAAGAAAGGCCGCGAACGUUCGUUUCCUUUGGUCAUGCGCCGCAGACGCGAUGACCAGUUUGGAGACGUGAUCCGGCCUGAGGAUUAUCUCAGAGCCGAGGAAAAGGAAGAGGAUGUACCGGAUGCCGAUGUACGGGGAGACCACGACGAGGACCGCCUAGGAAAGAAGCGCAAGUGGGAAGACGCAAAUUCCAAGGGAGCGAACAAGCGCCAGAACGCAAGGAACGGCGACGAUCAAGACGCGGCGGCCUCGGAAGGCCAUGUCGCUGACGAGUUCGAUGACGUGGAGGAUACCGUCGAGGAGGAGAUCCAAGGGCCGUCCAAACUGAUCAUGACGACGGAGAAGGUUAUGGUCAACAUGCGCAUCGCCUACGUCGACUUCAGCGGACUGCACGACAAGAGGAGUUUGAACAUGCUGAUACCACUGAUCCAGCCUAGAAAGCUGAUCCUGGUCGGCGGCACAACGGAGGAGACGACGGCCCUCGCUGCAGACUGCAAAAAGGCCCUCGCCGCUCAGAUCGGAGCUUCGGAGGAGAGCGUCGUCGACGUCUACACCCCGUCGAUGGGCACCUGGGUCGACGCCAGCGUCGACACGAAUGCCUGGGUCGUCAAGCUCACAGACAGCCUCGUCAAGAAGCUCAAGUGGCAGAACGUCCGCGGCCUCAGCGUCGUCACCAUCACGGGCCAGCUCGUGGCGGAAGCCCUCGCCAAGGAGAAGGACGACGGGGCCAACAAGCGGCAGAAGACGGACGACGCCGACGCGCCCCAGGAGGAGGACGAUGCCGACGUCGAGAUCGUGCCGGCGCUGGACCUCCUCCCGAUGAACAUGACGUCGGCGGUACGCUCCGUCGCGCAGCCGCUGCACGUCGGCGACCUCAGGCUCACGGACUUGAGGAGGGCGAUGCAGUCGGCCGGGUACACGGCCGAGUUCAGGGGCGAGGGUACGCUGGUCAUCAACGGCGCGGUGGCGGUCAAGAAGACGAGCACCGGCAAGGUGGAGGUGGAGAGCGUGGGUAUCGCGGACGCGGCGACCAUGAUGCAGCACCGGAGCACCUUCUACGAGGUCAAGAGGAUGAUUUACGACGGCCUUGCCGUGGUUGCCGGGGCCUAG